AUGUCGUUUGUAUCUCGAGCACACCACGACUCUGUGGUGGGGAUCGAUCAAAAAUCACAACAGUAUUGGGGUGCCAUCUGCACAGCCUACAAUGCUCAAAGGCCCCAAGGAGCUAUUCCACGCAACAUCAAGCAAAUGAAAUCAUAUUUUCAACGGGUGGCAAAUGACUGCAAGAGGUUUGAGGCCAUGCACAAAAAGUGCCGCGAUAAUUGGGCAUCCGGCAUGAGUGAUGAUCAAAUCAUCGAGCAAACAGAAAAGAUGUGGAUCGCCGAGUUUGGUGCUAAGUUCAGGUAUCCGUAUGCAUGGAAGGUAUUGCAUGAGUCCAAGAAAUUCGCAAGCAUCAGCGAGGAUGUCCACUCGGAUAAAUGCUUGAAGGGUUCGGACGGUCGUGGCACAACGACUUCUAGCGACCAAAGUAUCUCCACACGGCCCCAAGGGCAAAAGGCGGCCAAGAGAGACAAAGGAAAAGGCAAGAAGAAGGCGGAGGAGACGUCGGAGGACAAUGCUCGAGCUCUCGAGUACAUGGCGGAGAUGGAAAAGUCAAUGGGACUUGAGAGAAUAGUUGGAUUUGCUGCUGCAAAAAGGAUGAUCGACUCGGAUAAAGGUGUGUUUGUUUUUGCUUAG